GCAGGUGUACAUUCUUUUGGUGAGUUUUGCUGUCAACAGAUUUGAUGUGUGUUGAGUUUACGAAACAUCUCAUUCCGAUGAGGCCGCAAGAAGUAGAUUUCUUUUAAGGUGAGUUGUAAUGUGGAAAGCUUUUUAGAAAUUUUAUUUUUUCUUCUUCCUUCCUUUUGGUGCUUUUAUUCGGCCACCUUUCUUCGUCGAUCGCCUUUUUAAAAAAAUAAUCAUGUAAUCGUUAUUAAUGUUUACAUUAUUAAACGAUAAUAUAUACCUAUAUGGGAAUGCGUUACAAAAAAUUGUUUCAUAGGUUAUGUUUAGGCAUGAAAAAACAAGGCAGCACAAUUGAACGGACGUUUCGGCGAGAUGCCUUCCAUCAAUGACAGAUUCAUUUAAAUCAAAGAUAAAAACGUAGGCUUUAUUUUUAAUUUAACUUUAUCGAUUUAUUUACGCCAUAAUCCAGGUCUGCACAACUCAAAAUGUAAGGCAGGCCGUAACAGUUUAUGAAAAACUUGUGCGGGCCGUAAUACUUUAUUACAAGCUUGGGCAGGCCGAAAGAUCAAAGGCAGGGGGGUGGGCAAGCUAUUAAGAAUAUAAUAAUAUUAAAGAAUAUUUCGUUACUUCGCAGGCCUCCAAGUGGAUGAAAAAAACAAUUAAAAAAAAAAAAACAAAAAAAACCCCAAUGUUUGAUCAAUUUUUAGAAUUUUUGAAAAUUUUUAUUAUUAAAAAAAAAAAAAUCCGCAGGAGAUUUCUCUGCGAUCUUUUUUGGGGGGAAAGUGGUGGGGGGGGGGCGCUCAUAUUAAUUCAACAAGGUCAACUCGUGGUCAUACUCGUGUGAUAAACGGUGCCAAAGAGUGUGUCCAGUAAAGGGGAAGGGGGAGAGAAGGAUAUUAUAACUUAUCCAACCGAGAGCGCGGGUCAAAUACAGACAAACGUGUUUGUCUUUUCUUCAGUCCUUUUUUUUUUAAACCCCUCCCAUGGAUCACAAACCAAACGUGGCGGCACUUUGACUUGCCGGUAAUCGAAUCCUCGAAGCACCGGCAUCGGAGCGUCAUGGAGUUGGUUCAUCUCUUCAUUCUUGGUGAUCGUGACCGACAUCAUGGAACAUCAGAGCAAUGCUACACCCUGCCAUCAUUGAGAGUCAUGGAGUUGGUUCAUCUCUUCAUUCUUGGUGAUCGUGACCGACAUCAUGGAACAUCAGAGCAAUGCUACACCCUGCCAUCAUUGAGAGUCAUGGAGUUGGUUCAUCUCUUUAUUCUUGGUGAUCGUGACCGACAUCAUGGAACAUCAGAGCAAUGCUACACCCUGCCAUCAUUUGAGACGUUCCUCGUCUGGCUUUUUGUGUUGAGAUGUCGACGAAUCAAUAUUUCCCCCAUGACAUUUACAUCAACGCUGUGCUACGUUGGGGGGGGGGUGUUUGUUUGAUGAUAUCAUGUGAUUUCAUUCUUCCUCUUUUUUUUUUUUUGUUCCUGGGUCAAAGUUAAAAAUCAAAAUUGCUCAGUAACUGUUCGGUGAGGGUAGUUUUUAAAAACGCACUAUAUUAAAGUAAAACAAAAUUAUGCGUUCAAAAAUGGGGGGGGUUUUUUGUUUGAUGAUAUCAUGUGAUUUCCUUCUUCCUCUUUUUUUUUUUUUGCUCCUGGGUCAAAGUUCAAAAUCAAAAUUGCUCAGUAACUGCUCGGUGAGGGUAGUUUCUCAAAACGCACUAUACUAGAGUAAAACAAAAUUAUGCGUUCAAAAAGAGAUUGGACGCACAAUUUUAACGUGUGAACUGAAAAAAAAAAGAAAGAUUCGACAAAAUUUUCGUUCGAUCAAAUUUCCGUCGAUCAAUUUUCCGUCAACGAAAUUUCUUUCGAACAAAUUUCCGGAUACGAUAUUUCUCACCUCACAUUAUUUCAAAUAUUAAAAAAAAAGAUAUGUCCAUUUAUUUAACUGAAGUGAGGACUACUACCGAAAAAAGUCGACAUGGAUUUCGCAUAUUUAUUAUUAUCAUUAUUUUGUGUGUGUGUGUGUUUGUGUGUUCUGGUGAUGUCACGGUGUUGCCAUACCGCCUUCCCCCAACAAUCGAAAUACUGAUUUGAGAAGUCCCACGAUCGAGCUUGUCGGGGCCAAGUCAUGUAUAAUGUAAGACAAGACGGGCUUCCCAUGGCUGGGCAUGAGAUGGGAAAUGAGGACUAAAUUAAUGAACCACAGUCGCACACGCGAUGAUGCUACCAAGACGAUGAUGCUACCAAGACGAUGAUGCUACCAAGACGAUGAUGCUACCAAGACGAUGAUGCUACCAAGACGACCGCAAAGACCAGUUUUUUUACAAAUAUUCUAUACCACACAUAGGCUUAAUUCCCUUGGACGAAAUGCCCCUGGCUACGCCGUUAGGUGUGCUGUGCACGGCUUCCAUGAACAGCGUUAGUUUGUAAAUUGCUUAAAAUGCAGGUAAAAUAUCAAUUUAUUUCUGGAAAAUUGAUUAAAAAUAUUUGGGAAACAUCGUAACCAGGAGGGCCGUGCGAAAGUUGUGAGAGGAGGGGGGGAGGAGGCAACCACUCAGUGCGCCAAUUCUAGGGGGCGCCCAAAUCGACAAUUCACUACAUUUAUUUAUCAUAGUUCUUUUGUUGAUAAAACGGGAAGGAUGAAGUGGUCCUUGCAAGGGGGCGUCGCUUUUCGUUGCCACCGCCCUAUUUGGAAAUACUUUACAUUUUUCGCCAAUUAUUUUGUUAGAAGACAAAAACAUGGUUACCAACUGUUCAUUUCCAAGUAUGAAUCAAAUUGGACACAUUUUUUAUAAACAAUUUUGUUACGUUAGAAUCUUUUUUAGAGUAGGCGGUCAGAAAGGCCGGUGCCAAUGACAUAUUUUGUCCUUGAACUUGAGCAAUCAUAACUCUUUGGAUCGCUUUUAUCAAAAUUUGGCGUUGUGGGCAGUUACCUGCUUGGCCUUCACCAGAGGCCGGCCUUGCACACAACCUAUUCUGUGUAAUCAAAACAUAUACUGGGUAACCUACAACCUUUACAAUGUAAGCUACAAUGUAAGCUACAACCUAUACUCUGUAACCUACAAUCUAUCCCGUGUCAUUUACAACCUAUUCAAUGCAACCUACAACGUAUAUUCUGUAACUUAAAACCUAUACAGCGUAAACCUACAACCUAUACUCUGUUGCUUACAACCUAUACAGUGUAAACCUAAAAUCAACACAAGGUAACAUACAGCCUAUACUGUGUAGCCUACAACAGAAGCUGUGUAACCAAGUACCCAUACUUUGAAAGGUACAGCCCAUACAAUGUAACCUACAGUCUAUACAAUGUAACCUACAGUCUAUACUAUGUAACACACGCACUAUCACACACAAACUGUGUUCUUUGAUUGCAUUAACAACGUCUGGUAAACACGCAUAUACAAAUAUCAAGUAAUUCCCUUAAAAUAAGUUGAUGAAGAAAUCGAACAACUGAAUUAAAACGUCAAUCAAUAGCAUUAGGCAUUUUUGCGUGCUGUGCAUCGUCAGGACCAAUAAUUGGGCCCAUUCAUCAAAUAUAAGUGUAUCCGAUGAUGCAAUUAAUUUAUCAUUUGGACAAACCGAUAUUUCUAGAUAUUAUUAUUAUUAUUAACUUUUUGCUUUUUUAGGAAACAGUGGAGUUUUUUUAAUUAAGUUAUGUUGUUGCAUAUAUAAAGGCUAUGCUUUAAAUGUAUGCACAUCGUACACCUAAGAUAUCAAGUAUAUUGUUAUUUAAUCCACACUCAUAAAAAUAACUCAGUUGAUGACCCCAGACUGCUGACUCCUGUAUUAAGUACACUCCAUAAGCGGUUACAAGGAUGUCAGUUUUGUAUGAGCCGCCAUGACUUCAUCGAUCCAAGGGUGAGAGGAUCUUCGAACGUGGCAACAAUGGGCAGGGAUGGAUUAGAUGAGAGAAGAUAGUCAAGCGCAUGACGGCUGUCUUGGUGGAGUUAUAGAAAAGACAGUAAAAAAUCUGGUAGCUGUUAUGGUAGUUUGAUAUAAAAGACAGUCAAACAUCUGGUAGCUGUUAUGGUAGUUUGAUAUAAAAGACAGUCAAACAUCUGGUAGCUGUUUUGGUAGUUUGAUGGAAAAGACAGUCAAACAUUUGACAGCUGUUUGGUGGGGCAAUAGAAAAGACAGGCAGUCGGGCAGUUUUGGUAGCGACUAUGAGACCGGGACUAUCGGACAGUUUGACUAGCUACCAUGGGACUGGCAAUGUCGGAAAGUUUCAUUAGCUUACCAUGUGGCUAAGAAUGUCUCACUGUUUCACCAGCUUACCAUAUGGCUGAGACUGUCUCACAGUUUCACCAGCUUACCAUGUGGCUGACACUAUCUCAAAGUUUCACCAGCUUACCAUGUGGCUAAGAAUGUCUCACAGUUUCACCAGCUUACCAUGUGACUGACACUAUCUCAAAGUUUCACCAGCUUACCAUGUGGCUAAGAAUGUCUCACAGUUUCACCAGCUUACCAUGUGGCUGACACUAUCUCAAAGUUUCACCAGCUUACCAUGUGGCUAAGAAUGUCUCACAGUUUCACCAGCUUACCAUGUGGCUGACACUAUCUAAAAGUUUCACCAGCUUACCAUGUGGCUAAGAAUGUCUCACAGUUUCACCAGCUUACCAUGUGGCUGAGACUGUAUCACCGUUUCACCAGCUUACCAUGUGACUGAGACUUUCUCACAGUUUCACCAGCAUACCAUGUGGCUGAGACUGUCUCACAGUUUCACCAGCUUAACAGGUGGCUUUGACUGUCUUACAGUUUCACGAGCUUAACAUGUGGCUGCGACUGUCUCAUUGUUUCACCAGCUUACCAUGUGGCUGAGACUGUCUCACCAGCUUACCAUGUGGCUGAGACUGUCUCACCAGCUUACCAUGUGGCUGAGACUGUCUCCCCGUUUCACCAGCUACCACGCGGUUAUGACUUUCACUCAAGAAAACCCCCACGGGUUCGCUGGUCUGUCUUAAAUCACAUUUCACAAUCAAUAUCACGCGCAGUAGGACGAGAAAUUUUCCGGGAUGACUCAAAUAAAAUUGAUUUCCACCUAGAGGAUCUCUGAGCCGUUGUCGCCGUGCUAUUGUUGCUGUAUAAAUUCUGUAGUUUGUGGAUACUCGCUCGCCUGCUCAAUAAUCUGUUGUGUUUGGGAAUGUUUGCUGUAAAAUGUUCUGUGACGUUAGUUUUUUAAAUGGAGGUUGACCGCCAUUGAAGAUCGGGUGUGCAUAAAAUAUUUAUGUUAGAAAGAAAGGCAUAAAAAAGGUAACAAUUGUCAAUGCUAAAUAAAGGUAACAAUUUUUAAUGGAAAUAAAGGUAACAUUUAUCAAUUUCUUAAUAAAGGUAACAAUUUUUUAAUGUAAAUAAAGCAACAAUUAUCAAUCCUAAAUAAAGAUAACAAUUAUCAGUGCUAAAUAAAGGUAACAAUUAUCAAUCCUAAAUAAAGGUAACAAUUAUCAGUGCUAAAUACAGGAACAUUUUUUGAAUGUAAAUAAAGGUAACAAUUAUCAAUGCUAAAUUAAGGUAACAAUUAUCAAAUCUAAAUUUGUAUUUUGUAGUCACCUUGUCACGGUGUGCAUAAAGUGUGUGAAAAAUCUAUUAACAGUGAUUAACAGGCUUGUAAAGUAUAUAGUGUAAUAAAAUUGUGAAAUUUUUUUUACUGUGAAUUAUUAUUAUUAUAUAAUUAUUACAUAGUGUAAAAACAGUGUGUACAUUUUUUAAGAGUAAAUAUGCUGGGACCGUUUGGUAAAAUGUGUAUCUUCCAAUCUUUGCUGCGUGUUAUUAAUGUGAGGGGCUAAACAGGAGCCCCGCCCCCACGGCUGGAGAACCUGAAUGGUACAGAACCUUUUAGUUAACACUAUAUUAAACGUCAUGGCAACCAAACACAUCACGUGGAGCACGCCACUCAAUGGAUGCCGCGCACAGAAGAGUUUAUACAACACAGGCUGAUUGGAUUUUGGUUGUUUAACAAAAAAAAAUAGAAAUAAUAAGGUCAUUGCACAUUAAGGUUGUGAUUGGAAAUGGGAGUAUAGCAGUUAAUAGCAAAUGAUUAAAACACAUUUUAAUGGCUGUAUUCCGUCUUUAAAAAACAAACAAACAAAACAAAACAUCCCAAUAGUGUCAGGUGAGUUGACGAGGGAUUCUACGGGAUUCUAAAAUCUAUUGAAACAAGUUUCCAAAAGUCACAGUUGAGGCGGCUGCACUCAACACAUUUGUGUCUGUUGCCUCCUGUAUUCCAACCCCCCCCCCCCCCCCCCCCCCCNCCAAGUUCAUAACACCGCUGCUGAGCAGCCCUUGCAACCAGUGAAGUAUCCCCUUGAAAACCAUGCACAGUAACAUCGCAAACCCCUCUGAAACGAAUGAGCCAGAAUGAUGAAUGCAUUGAUCGUGGGUCCUCAAAACAUAGAGGAAGAAGGAGAAACACCCCCCCCCCCACCCUCCCCUCUCUUUGUUUUCGUGUUGGUUUACUUUAAAACAAAAUAGUAAUAUGACAAAACAAGAUGAAAAAAUAUUUCUGUAGCAGAAGAAAUGACAUAUGAUGACUUUGUUUUUCUGAUAGCCAAUUGGUUAAUUGGGGACAUCCUCAAUAGUUAAGAAAAUCAUCCAUCUAAUACUUAAUUUCUUCUUCCUUUCUAAGUUGAAGCCAAAGAUUUCCAUCGACAAGAGCUCAUCCAAGUCAAAGCAAGAUAUCACAAAUUGACCUCCACAACAUUUUACCAAAAAAAAAAAAAGAAAAAAAUAACCUUACUUCCAUCUAAUACUUAAUUUCUUCUUCCUUUCUAAGUUGAAGCCAAAGAUUUCCAUCGACAAGAGCUCAUCCAAGUCAAAGCAAGAUAUCACAAAUUGACCCCCACAACAUUUUACCAAAAAAAAAAAAAAGGAUGAAAUAACCUUACGAUGCCAACCAGCAGCCAAUUACCAAACACACCUUGCAGUAUCAGGUGCUGCCAUUAGAAAUCCAAUCACAUUUGAAACGUUCAGAGAACCAUAUCUUCAAACACUAUUUCUUACCUUCAAGAAACUUCAUUGCGCUGAGAACCUGACCAUUUAAAAAAAUAAUAAAAUAACUGCGCUUUAAGACUGUGAAGAUUGAUGACACUCUAAUCAAUUGCACAUGUUAUAAAAAGAAUACAAACUCUUAGAUGGUUUUAGAGGUAAAGCGUCAGAUUUAAGUCUUAGCCCUUCCACUGGCUGAUCUUGGAAACGGCUCUACGUGCCCGGAAGUAGCGGUCUGGCCUCAUGGAAGUAGCUUUCUGGUCUUAUAGAAGUAGCGGUCUGGUCUUAUAUAAAGUAGGUGUUUGUUCUUACAGAAGUAGCUGUUUUGUCUCAUAGAGCUAGCUGUAUGGCCUUAUAGAAGUGGCUGUCUUGUCCUAGACUCAGCUGCCGCGGAGGGGGGGAGUAGCUGUGUGGUCGUGGAAGUAGCCGCCUGGCGGGGGGAGAUAGCCGGCUGACCUUGAAUGCAAUCCAUCCGUUGACGUCCCUGUGGGUCAUCUCAUGCCAGUCACCAAACAUAAACUUGACAUCGUCGACGCCAGGGCCAACGACAUUAUGGCCUGCUCAGAGUCUACCAAGGUUUGCCUCAAGUUCACCAUCGUUUUCCUCAACAUCCCGAUCAUCGUAAGUCAUCGCGCCGUCUGGCCAGAAGUCUAAAUGCGCAGUGCACAUGAUCAAUUUUUCGUGAACUUUGCUUCAAAUUUCUACUUUGAACGCCCUAUUUUGUUUUUAAUAAAUAGUGCGUUCAAAAAGGAAUCCGGCGAAAAUUCGACGAAAAUUUGAUCGUGUGAACUGAACAUAAACAAAACCAACUCCAAAUUUCAAACCCAUUAUUUUAUGCACCCGAAUUCCUACUAAUCAUAAAAUUAAUCUUUUAACUAAAAUAUUAAUUUCAAAACAGUUAAUUUAUUCUUUAGGCUGUUAAAACAAUUAUUUCUUUCUUUUAAACAUUUAAAUUCUUUUUUUUUUUUUUAGAUUAUUGGCGCCGUUUCGCUUGGCGUAGGGGUCUGGGUCAUCGUUGACGACACGUCCUUCUUCGACCUUGCCGCCAGCGUCCUUGACCUCNGGCCUCUUUACAUGGGGCUAACUUCCCAGUUUGUAGAGGCCUCUUUACAUGGGGCUAACUUCCCAGUUUGUAGAGGCCUCUUUACAUGGGGCUAACUUCCCAGUUUGUAGAGGCCUCUUUACAUGGGGCUAACUUCCCAGUUUGUAGAGGCCUCUUUACAUGGGGCUAACUUCCCAGUUUGUAGAGGCCUCUUUACAUGGGGCUAACUUCCCAGUUUGUAGAGGCCUCUUUACAUGGGGCUAACUUCCCAGUUUGUAGAGGCCUCUUUACAUGGGGCUAACUUCCCAGUUUGUAGAGGCCUCUUUACAUGGGGCUAACUUCCCAGUUUGUAGAGGCCUCUUUACAUGGGGCUAACUUCCCAGUUUGUAGAGGCCUCUUUACAUGGGGCUAACUUCCCAGUUUGUAGAGGCCUCUUUACAUGGGGCUAACUUCCCAGUUUGUAGAGGCCUCUUUACAUGGGGCUAACUUCCCAGUUUGUAGAGGCCUCUUUACAUGGGGCUAACUUCCCAGUUUGUAGAGGCCUCUUUACAUGGGGCUAACUUCCCAGUUUGUAGAGGCCUCUUUACAUGGGGCUAACUUCCCAGUUUGUAGAGGCCUCUUUACAUGGGGCUAACUUCCCAGUUUGUAGAGGCCUCUUUACAUGGGGCUAACUUCCCAGUUUGUAGAGGCCUCUUUACAUGGGGCUAACUUCCCAGUUUGUAGAGGCCUCUUUACAUGGGGCUAACUUCCCAGUUUGUAGAGGCCUCUUUACAUGGGGCUAACUUCCCAGUUUGUAGAGGCCUCUUUACAUGGGGCUAACUUCCCAGUUUGUAGAGGCCUCUUUACAUGGGGCUAACUUCCCAGUUUGUAGAGGCCUCUUUACAUGGGGCUAACUUCCCAGUUUGUAGAGGCCUCUUUACAUGGGGCUAACUUCCCAGUUUGUAGAGGCCUCUUUACAUGGGGCUAACUUCCCAGUUUGUAGAGGCCUCUUUACAUGGGGCUAACUUCCCAGUUUGUAGAGGCCUCUUUACAUGGGGCUAACUUCCCAGUUUGUAGAGGCCUCUUUACAUGGGGCUAACUUCCCAGUUUGUAGAGGCCUCUUUACAUGGGGCUAACUUCCCAGUUUGUAGAGGCCUCUUUACAUGGGGCUAACUUCCCAGUUUGUAGAGGCCUCUUUACAUGGGGCUAACUUCCCAGUUUGUAGAGGCCUCUUUACAUGGGGCUAACUUCCCAGUUUGUAGAGGCCUCUUUACAUGGGGCUAACUUCCCAGUUUGUAGAGGCCUCUUUACAUGGGGCUAACUUCCCAGUUUGUAGAGGCCUCUUUACAUGGGGCUAACUUCCCAGUUUGUAGAGGCCUCUUUACAUGGGGCUAACUUCCCAGUUUGUAGAGGCUUCUUUACACGGGUCUAACUUCCCAGUUUGUAGAGGCCUCUUUACACGGGUCUAACUUCCCAGUUUGUAUAGGCCUCUUAACGCAAUUCUAACUUCCCAGAUCUAAGUAAAUCUUGUAACGUCCACUUCCAGUAUGUCGUGGCGCUGAUCUUCUUGCUGACACUGGAGGUUGCUGUCAUUAUCCUGGGAGUCGUCUUUAAAUCUGAGGUCAGUGAGCGUGAAACAUUUGUUUAGGUGCUAACAAAUUUUUAGCAGCUGUUUUUGUUUAUUUUUAGUAACCGUAGCAACGCUAUACUCCUGCCCCCCCCCUCCCCCUUACCUGCUUUCAGUUAUUUAUUGAAGCAUUGCUAGACCCCAGUGGCCAAUGUACUCAAAACUCACUGCAUGAAUAGUAAAGAUGCACCAUAUGAUAACACUACACCCACUUUUCCGAAGCUUAUGUAUUGCCUAAACCAUCCGCCUUGGGUGAUAAAACUUCAAUAGUAUAAAUUUAAUCUAAUUUUUAUUGAGUUUUAAAAAAAAUUAUUUGAAAUGAAGGGAAACAACUGGAAAUUUCUAUUACUUCCCUUUUUUGUAUUUGCAGAGUUACCUUUUUUUAAGUUUGUUUAAAUUUUUGUUUACUAUUAUCAAACAUUCAUUUGUAAGUACGAUUACAAAUUUAAAAAAAAAGGACAACCAAAAAUUUAAUCUAGUCUAUAUAUAUAUAUAUAUAUAUAUAUAUAUAUAUAUAUAUAUAUAUAUAUAUAUGGAAAAAGAAAGAGAGAAUAUAGAGAGAAAAAGAGAGAAAAAGAGAGUGAAUAUGAGAGAGAAUAAGAUACAAAAAAAGAGAGACAGAGAGAAAAGAGAGAAAAUAAGAGAGAGAUAAAAAGAAAGAGAGAAUUUAGAGAGAAAAAGAGAGAAAAAGAGAGUGAUUAUGAGAGAGAAUAAGAUACAAAAAAAGAGAGACAGAGAGAAAAGAGAGAUAAUAAGAGAGAGAUAGAGAGAGAGAGAGAGAGAGAUGUAGCUCGAGAGAUGGACAAGGAGUGUGAGAGGGAAAGAGCGAGAUCAAGAGAACACAGACAUGUAUAUGCUACAUCCGAUGUCAUGUGGCAAAUGUUCUCCGAUUCUUUCAUCACAUUUUCUCAGUGGGAGAAGAAAGCCGACUCUUUGGUGACUAGUCGUCUCAUGUCCCAAUAUGGUAAUGAAGAUGACGCAACAUUGGGACCUUUUACAAGAACUGUCAAUGCCCUACAGAAAAAGGUAAAUUAAAAAAACAAAAGCAAAAAAAAAAACAACUCCAGGCCCAUUUUUUAUUUAAAAUAGAAACUUUCGUCUGUACUCAUUUUCUGCUCGCUAAGGCCCACCAAGAAUGGCAGUUGCAAUUCCUGCAAUGUGACACCUUUCCAUCUACUAAAAUUAUUUGACCAAAAAAUGCAUCCAAGUAAUGCCUUUAUAAAGUCUCAAUUAGAGCCUCCCCCUCCCCAGCAUGGCACCGCCCCUGAGCUGUAUUAAUAUUCUAAUGUCCCACACAACCUCCCCCCCCCACCACUGCUUUUUUACCGCAGAUUUAUCACACCAACUAUUUCCGUAAAACAAAACAAAAAAAUUACGCACCAAACGUACUUGAAGUAUUUUUAAGAAUCUAAUUUUGCGUAGUUAUCGGAAAAUGUAUUUAGUGAAAUCAGCGCCAUUAUACUAACACAUUUAUAUGGACUGGACCGUUUUUUGUAGUUACGAUUUGUUAAAAAAAAACUUUCUGACGACCACCUUCAGCUUCGUUGCUGUGGAUGGGAGGGGGGCGCCGACUACAGCAAAGUGGACAGAGCCCACUGGAACACGACCCUGGCGAAGGGUCAGCAGAGAACAGUGCCCGACUCGUGCUGCCCCAAUGCCCCCAACGCCACAUGGACGCAGGACUGUGCUGUCAGUCCUCUCAACAGCACCUACUACAGCUCGCAGGUAACCUGUACUAUGUGUCGUAUUGGGUUACCGGAAAUUUGUUUGAAACUGUCGCCCUUCCAUUAAAAGAAAAAACAAACUGUGUCCCACGGGGUGGAUCGCCUUCUCCGGACCUUCCUUUUCUACGCCCCUGCACUGUCCAUUGUUUUUGUUUUCUUAAAAAAAAAAAAAAAAACCCUUAACUUACCUUACCUUGAUUCUCUUACGACCUCAAGUAUUUGUCAAAACCUUUUAUUUCAAUGAUCUAUUUAUAUCUCUCCCCCCCCCCCCACUCUCAGGGUUGCCGGGCCAUGAUAGAGACGGAGUUCAAAACCUAUCAAUGGGUUGUCAUAGGCGUCACCAUCGGAGUCUUAGCUUUUCAGGUUUGUGCUUAGGUUUCAGCGAUCAAACAACAGCAAAAAACAAUAUCAAUGAAAAUAAACUCUUAGUUGUUGCAUCUUAGUAUCCGAGAUGACGUAAUACUGUUUUUAUUGUUGCUUGUUCGCUGAAGAAGGCUUCUUGCCGACACAUUACGUCAUUUUUUUUCAGGUUGUCCCAUAUUUUUUCUGCUCAUUUUCUUACAUAGAUAUGUAUAGGUAUGGCCUUAUAAAAGUGUGUACAGGUAUUGCCUUAUAAAAAUGUGUAUAAGUACGGCCGUAUAAAAAGUGUAUAGGUACGGCCUUAUAAAAGUGUGUACAGGUAUGGCCUUAUAAAAGUGUGUACAUGUAUGGCCUUAUAAAAGUGUGUACAGGUAUGGCCUUAUAAAAGUGUAUAUAGGUACAGCUUUAUAAAAGUGUGUACAGAUACUGCCUUAUAAAUAAAAAUGUGUAUAGGUACUGCCUUAUACAAAAGUGUAUAGGUACGGCCUUAUAAAAGUGUGCACAGGUAUGGCCUUAUAAAAGUGUGUACAGGUAUGGCCUUUUAAAAGUGUGUAAAUGUACGGCCUUAUGAAAGUGUUUAUUUGUACAAACUUAUAAAAGUGUGCAUAGGUACGGCCUUAUAAAAGUGUGUACAGGAACGCCCUUUUAACACUGUGUUCCAAAAUUCAGCCCCGUUUUGUAUCCCCCCCCCCUCCCCCCCCCCAACCAUGCACGCUGUAUUAAAAUUGCUCUAAUCUAUUUCUCCAGCUUCUCGUCAUCAUCAUGGCCCUGGUUCUGGUGGUCCAUAACGUCAACAAUAAAUACGACAUGAGCUGAGGAGGUGCAACGUCUUCUCAUCGAUAAACUGUUUGAGUGAGAAAGUAGGACCUACAGGAUCUUCUAGUCGAUAAACUGAUUGAGUGAAAGUUAGGACGUGCAGGAUCUUCUAGUCGAUAAACUGAUUGAGUGAAAGUUAGGAUGUGCAGGAUCUUCUAGUCG